AUGACGCUCUCUGGAUACUGGACAGCAUACAAGACUCCUAUUGGCAUGUCCCCUUAUCAGUUGGUCUAUGGUAAAGCCUGUCACUUGCCCAUAGAGUUGGAGCAUAGAGCAUACUGGGCUAUCAAGUUUAUGAACUUUGAUGCUCAAGUUGCAGGAAUAAAGAGGAUGCUUCAGCUGGAUGAGCUUGAUGAAUUCAUAGUUCUGCCUAUGAGAAUGCCAAGUUCUAUAAAGAGAGAACCAAGAUAUGGCAUGACAAGAAGAUUACCAUCAGAGUCUUUAAGCCAGAGUUAUUAUAACAGAAACAGGUACAUUGAGACAGAGUUUCGGACACUCUGGAGGAAGUUGCUGCGGACAGGGUGGCACCUAACUUCAAAACCUCAAGUUAGGCGCCACAUGCAAGGCAAAUCGAAGGAAGCUCUCAGGAGGGGUGGCGCCCAACUCCACCUUUGUGAAGUUAGGCACCAAUCAUGCUUCCAAAUUGAUUUGCUCACUGGAUGGGUGGCGCCUAACUUGGCUCCAUCAAGUUAG